UUUUGUUCAAUAUUGAUUAUUGACAACAAGUGUGGAAACAAUGAAUUAAUUGAUUUCAAAUAUUUGUAGAUUCUCCGGGCCAUUGACCGACUCCUUCCUCGACAGAUUUCCCUGCAGUGAUUUGUUGUGGAUUUUGAAUCAGCCAUGUGGCGGGCCAUCCAGGAUCGAUUUCCAUGGGCUGUGAUACAAGGGUGUGUCUUCCAUUGGACCCAGGCCUUGUAUCGCAAAGUCCAAGAGUUAGGACUACAGAGAGCCUAUAACGAAAAAGGAGAUGUGCACCGUUUUGUGAGGCAGGUCAUGGCCCUACCAUUCCUGCCUCCAGAACACAUUGAGCCAGUCUUUCAUCAGCUGGAUCAACGAGUUAGAACUGACACCAUGGAUGAAUUCAUGGCAUAUGUUUGGAGGCAAUGGUUUAAUAAUUCAAUAUUUGAUGUAAAGAACUGGAGUGUGUUUAUGGCCUCUGUGAGAACAAACAAUGAUCUAGAAGGUUGGCACAACCGAAUCAACUCCAGAAUGAACUCCAGAGGACGAGUCCCAUUUUACCUCCUAUUACAAGAACUGUACAAGGAGGUCACUGUCAUCCCCAUGCAGGCCAGGCUGCUGACGGAAGGAAAGAUGGAGAGACUACACAGGAAACAGUCCUCCAGACUCAAUGGCAAACUCUUCCAACUUUGGGAGGAAUACAAUGCCAGACAGAUCAGCACCACCCAGCUGCUGAGAAAGUGCUCGUAGUUAUAUGGACCUGUUGACAUUUGAUGUUAAUUUCUGUUCUGUUGUGUUAAGUGUUACUUCAGCGGUGUUGGGGAAAAUGUUUGACUGUAUAAUUCAUUUAUUUAUUUGAGUGAUUGAAAACUGUAUAAUGGUAAAUGUUUGUUUGACACACGUACUGCUAAAUAAACCACAUUUAAAAAUG